AUGGUCAAAGGUCUGGAAUCCAUUUCCGAUGAGGAACAGCUUGGGGAGUUAGUGGGGGGCCCUACCUUCUUCCCCCUCUCUGGACUGCAGCUCGACUUGAAAACCUUGUAUGUGACCAUCUCUGACCUCUGCAGGAAAUCUUGGCAGCAUCCUUUCCUCUCUUUUUUCAUCUUGGGCAGGGGGCCGGGGGGUGGGCUGGGAGGGAGUGUCGCGGCUGUCCAUUUGCAGCGGAUGCCCAUGAAUGCAAACACCAUGAUAUUUAUGAUCCUGGGGGCCUCUAUUGUUAUGGCAAUCGCGUGCUUGAUGGAUAUGAACGCACUCCUGGACCGAUUUCACAAUUAUAUCUUACCGCAUUUGAGAGGUGAAGACAGAGUUUGCCAUUGCAAUUGUGGGAGGCACCAUGUCCACUACGUCAUCCCGUACGAUGGAGACCAAUCCGUGGUGGAUUCUUCAGAGAAUUACUUUGUGACUGACAAUGUAACCAAGCAGGAAAUUGACCUGAUGCUGGGACUUUUGUUGGGUUUCUGUAUAAGCUGGUUCCUGGUGUGGAUGGAUGGGGUGCUGCAUUACGCUGUGCGAGCUUGGAGAACAAGUCGACGGUAUGACAAUUCGUGGUCUUGGAUCCCGAAAUUUUGUAACUUCAAGGAAUUCAGAAAACGUCACCACAGGCAGUACGAAGAGCCUACUGGAAACAUGGUACAUAUCAAACAGAAGCUGUAUCAUAACGGGCAUCCCAGCCCCAGACACCUCUAAAAAACCCAAGACUUAUGAGGGGUGGUAGAACAUGCCUUUGCCAUUGGCCGAGAGGAACGUCUGUAUGCCCGUUCCUCGACAGAUGCCCGCAAAGGACUUCCUGUUACUUCCCCACACGGCGUGUCCUCACGACACGCAGAGAAUGCACAAUUUACCCGUGUCCCUGAUGCAAGGCACUCAAGACGUUGCACUGUGGUUACCAUUUUAUUGGUGGACUUGUGUAUAUAUGUAAAAACAAACCAGAUAAAUCAAACAGAAAGAGAAUUUGCAUUGUAUUUCCAAUCCCAUCUUCUUCGAAGGUGUCCUGCAAAUGGCGAUGUUUCCCCCCUCUGGUUCGUUUUUGUUUGGAAAUCUGUCGUUGUUCCGGGUCGUCUUAGGUGAGUCCAGCCGGAAGGGGCGUUGCUUAGCGUUUUGAGAACUUUUAAAUUGCUCUCCAGUUGUCUCCGAUUCCCUCUCCCCGAAGUCCUUUCCGGUGUUAGGGUGUCUUGUUCCAAUGCAGAUUUGGUUUUGAGUUUCAUGCCAUUCGGUAGCUACAAUCUCUAUCUUGUCCCAUUUCAAUUGCUGUUGGAACCAGGUUGGUAGAUUGUUUUUUUCUUUUCCAUUUCCUUUUCUGUUUCUAAAACAAAUGGGAUGUGUAGAUUCCCCCGCCUGAAUCUGCUGUUUCUCAAGGACCAACCAAUACUGUUGUGCCACGUAAAAUUUAGCAGUUCACAGGUUGGAUGUAAGUAAGGCAAUAUUGCUCGGGCAUCACAUUGGUGUUAUUCCACUGGCUCUGGUGGAAAUGCAGCAAAGUUGGUUUCCGUGUCUCUUUGUGAAUGCUCCGGAGUCUGUGUCGACCCAUCACAUAUUCCCUGUCUUGAGAAUUAUUACCCCUUUUAUAUAUGUUGCAUUGCUAAAGCGUUAGUGACCGAGUCUUGAAAACCAAAAGACAUUUUGUGAUUACUUGCUCCUUGCCCGUAGAACAUAUAACAGGAGUCUCUGGUGACCGGUAGCUGAUUCUCCAAACCAUCUCUUACGUGAUGCAGACACCAAAGAGUUAACUUCUUGGAUGUGUUGGCUGGUCUUAUGAAUGGUUCAACAUGCUAUGUAACAGAGCUUCUUAGGUCAACCUAGGUUUGAGAAGUUUCUCCAAACCAUGGUGGGCUGUGAUCUUGGCUUGCUCCAAUACAAUUCAAAUCAGAAGGGCCCUGCUGGACCAGACCAAAGGUCCAUCUUGUCCAGCAUACUGUAUCCUGUGAUGCCUAACCAAGUGCUCUUGGAAGGCCUACAAGCAGCUCAUAGAGGCCAGAGCCUUCCUUAGUUGCUGCCUUUCCAUAACUGCUGUUCAGAAGUGUUCUGCCUCUGAAAAUGGGGAGGUUCCAUGUAGCCAUCAUAUCUAAGAGCCAUCGAUGGACCUAUCUUCCAUGAAUAGAUCUAAUCUUUAAAGCCAUCUAAGCUAGUGGCCAUCCAUUACAUCUUGUGGCAGAGAGUUCCACAUGUUAAUUACCUGUCGUGCGCCAAGGAAGUCUUUGUGCAAGUCAAGAUCAUAGUUCAUCAAGGGCUGGGAAUGGAGGGUCUGGACAGACAGGGAGGAGUUAGUGCCCUCAAGUGUUGGAGCGUUUGCAAGACCUCCUUUCUAAAACCCACUCCCAAAGGCUAACUCUUCUGUAGUCUCACCAUGUUAAAAGACCCAUUGUUUGAAUCAACCCUGAUGUUGUACAUGAUGGGGUAAUUCUGUCCGCCCUCCCCCAAUAUUGUUGCGUAUCUAUCAACUCACUAUUUCACCCAAAUAACCCUUUAUUUUAAUGCAAAUGAUUUAAAAUGCAUGAGGUGCGCUGUGCCUUUAAGAUCAACAGGCAGAGGAGAUUCUGUGCCCUUCCUCUUAAAGGGAUACAGUACAUUGCUAAAAGUAAAACUUCAAACUCUUGAUGGUGAUGGGACCUCUAUAUCUUGAAGAGCUCAGUGCUAGGGCAGAGUAACAGGUGCAGAGUCUUCCUUCAGCCUUUGUGGAAUAAAAUAAGCUACACCUAUUGAAUUUCUGCUUGCCAGGUAGCUAUUAAAGGCGCCAGAGAGUGGAGAAGCUCUAAUCUAUGUUUUUACAGGCAUCAUUCUCCCCCUCCUCAUUUAUUUAAUAAUUUGAUUUUUUAAAAAGAGAAAUCAAUUAUAUCCUGCCUAUUUUAUAUAAACUCUAGAUGGCUUACAAUUAAACUAAAAUAAUCAAGUGGAAUUGCAUGCAUGCAUUAGGGCAUAAUAAUACAUGUACUGAUAAGGAACAACCUAGCCAAACAAUAUCAGGGUAAGUCACUGUUGCUGCACCAAUCGGAACAGGGCAGUUUGGAGAGGAAGAAGAGCACAAAGAUGGCGGAGCCUGGUACGGGAUUGGUGGAUUGAGGGGGUGGAGCUUAGUGAGGUAAUGAUGGGGGUGGGGCCUGGUGAGAGUGAGGCAGUUUACGAGAUGGUGCCCCCCAAGCCCAAAACAUGAGGGUGCAUUAAAUAAUAACAAGCCAAAGAGAGAAUAACAAAUGAGCAGAAAAACCCUGCUCCUUUGUAAACCUACUAGUUGCUUAUGUAACUCUGUGCUGGAUUGUGGCCCAGGGCUCCCUCAACCCUGUGUGCCUUCAUGUAGAAGGCCCGACAUACUUUGUGCAACUUCCUUUCGAGCGACCCCGCGCAGACUCGGCGCGGCCAGCAGGUCACCUGGUUGCAAGCCGCCAUCUUCCAAAAUCCUAGGCAAACACUAAUGUUCCAAGUCAUCUCCGAAACUUGUUGAAAUGGUCCCCGUCCCCUCUUUUCGUUCUUUUUAAUUUAAUGAACCGAGUUUGACUAGAAAGGCCCCAAACUUGUUCGUUGUUGACCCCCCCACCCACCCCAAAAAAGAAAUUUGGACAAAUCCUCCUUCUGAAACUACUGUCUGUGAUUACUCUCUUGUUUGAUUGCAAAUGUCUGUGUGAUUAAAACGGAAACAAAAUUAACAUGCAAGAAAUCUUAUUGCCAAAACGAACCCCAACCAAUGUAUGGUUUGUUUUACUUUGUUCUUGGUGCUUUUUUUCUGUCAAAAGAUCGUGUUCAUUAA